AUGAGGCAAUGCAAUGUGGUGUACAACCUAGGGGCAUUGUCGGGCAGUGCGGGGCAAUGUCAGGCAUUGCGGGGCAUUGGGCAUUGUCGGGUAUUGCGAGGCAUUGUGGGGCAUUGCGGGGGCAUUAUGAGGAACUGUUGGGAAAUACAAGGUAUUGAUCCGGGUGAAAGGCGUUUUAGGGGUUGUACAGUUUGGUUCACUGGACUUUCCGGGGCUGGAAAAACUACAAUUUCUUUUGCUCUGGAAGAAUUUCUGGUCUCCAAUGGCAUUCCUGCUUACAGCCUGGACGGAGACAAUAUGAGAACAGGCAGUAAAGAACUGUUUGUACCUGAAAAUGAACUUAAGGAUAUUGUAAAUGAUUCCCAUAACAUGCCUAGGAUUGAUAUGAAUAAAGUAGAUGUGCAAUGGCUGCAGGUGCUUAGUGAAGGAUGGGCUACGCCUUUGAAAGGAUUUAUGAGAGAAGAUGAAUACCUUCAGACAUCUUGUGUUACCCCUGAACUAGAAGAGGUUUUAAAAGAAUACGAGUUCCUGACAGCAAGUUCCUUCAUCUUUAACACCCCUAUCCAAAUAAAAGCCAGAAUAAACCAAAGUGUUCCCAUAGUACUACCCAUAAGCAGCUCUGUAAAAGAAAAGCUGGAAGGCAAGAAGGAUGUUGCAUUGUUUUACAACGAUGAACUGUACGCCAUUUUAAGAGAUCCAGAAAUAUUUUACCACAGAAAGGAAGAAAGGCCGGUUAACGAUGGCUUGGACGAGUAUCGAAUGACUCCUAAAGAAUUGCGAAAAAAAUUCGAAACUAUGGGUGCCGAUGUAGUUUUCGCGUUCCAACUUCGAAAUCCAAUCCACAAUGGACACGCUUUGUUACAAUUGAUUGAAAAAGGUUAUAAGAAACCAGUGUUGCUUUUAAAUCCUCUUGGUGGAUGGACCAAAGAUGAUGACGUUCCACUUGACAUACGCAUGCAGCAACACCAAGCAGUGCUCGAAGAUAACGUGUUGGAUAAGGAUUCCACAGUUCUGGCUAUAUUUCCCAGUCCAAUGUGUUAUGCUGGACCAACAGAGGUGCAAUGGCACGCCAAAGCUAGGAUGGUAGCCGGCGCCAACUUCUACAUAGUAGGCCGUGAUCCGGCCGGGGUACCACAUCCAGAGGGAACCAAAGCCACCCCUGACGGAAACAUGUACGAUUCGACCCACGGUGGGCGCGUUCUUAAGAUGGCUCCGGGAUUAUCCACUCUGGAAAUCAUACCGUUCAGAGUUGCUGCAUACGACACGAAAGAAAAGGCUAUGGCCUUCUUCCAGCCGGACAGGAAGGAGGAGUUUGAUUUUAUUUCGGGAACUAGAAUGAGAAGUAAUAUUGUAAGAACUGGAGAACAGCCACCAGAAGGAUUCAUGGCACCAAAAGCGUGGCAAAUCAUUUCAGAUUACUAUCAGUCCUUGGAAUUGAAGUCGUAAUGAAUUAAAGCUUUAUUUCCUUGUUGUUAUCUACCAUUAUGUUUUAAU